GGCACACAAUGCCUUCUCACUAGAGUGCCCAGUUGCACUCAUCAAGAAGUCCAGGCGGCAGUGAGUGCUGCACAUGUUGCCCAGAGGGGGUGGGAGGAUUUAGGUUUUCAAACAAGACGAGAAUAUCUGUUCAAGCUUAUAGAUGCUUUGAGAGAGCUAUCUCCUAAAAUUGGCAGAGCUAACAUAAUUUCUCAUAAGAUUUCAGGGUUGUGCCGUGAAGUUGGAAAAACAGCAGGCGAGGCGGAAUCGGAAUUCCUUCGUGGUAUAGAUUGUAUACAUGCAGCAUGCUCUAUAGGGCCGGAGAUGGCCGGCAUGUUUCUAGGAAAUGACCCUACCCUGUUACAAAGCUUUUACGAGCCUGUGGGUGUUUGCGUCUCUAUCACUCCUUUUAGCUUCCCAUUCAUGACCCCUUUAUGGUCCAUUCCAUAUGCACUCAUUACCGGCAAUACCGUUGUAUUGAAGCCGUCUGAGAAGGCUCCGUCUGUGCCGUGUCUAUUGGCUAAGGCUGUGCUCACAGCUGGGUUUCCGAAAGGUGUAUUCAACAUGGUCCACGGGACACAUUCCACCGUUCAAAUGUUAAUACUUCAGCCUGACGUGCAAGCAGUCAGCUUUGCAGGCUCAGAGUCAGCUGCCAAACAGGUUCAUGAUAUUGCACGAAAAGCUGGGAAGCGGAUCCAAGCAGAAUGUGGAGGUAAAAAUCACGGUGUGAUAUUAGAAGAUGCCAGUAUGAUGCAAACUCUUUUCGCUAUUGCUGGGAGUGCCUUUGGAGCUGCUGGACAAAGAUGUAUAUCUCUUAGUGUAGCUGUCUUUGUUGGAAAAACAAAUCAGUGGAUACCGAAUCUGGUUGAAGUCGCGCAGUCUAUGGUUGUCGGUUAUAGCGGUGAUGCUGAUACCAAAAUUGGUCCGUUGAUUGACCGUGCAGCCAAGACGAGAGUGACGGGGCUCAUUGACAGGGCGGUUGAAGAGGGUGCCCUUCUUCUUUGUGACGGACGCAAUACUCAAGUUCCUGGCUAUCCGAAAGGAAACUUCAUUGGACCCACGAUCCUGACGGGCGUUGAAACGUUCAUGGAAUGCUAUCAAACAGAAAUCUUCGGCCCGGUCCUAAUUUGCAUGCAAGUCGAGACACUCGAAGAGGCAAUUGAGCUGAUCAACCAAAACAAAUACGGCAACGGAUGCACCCUUUUUACAACUAGUGGGAAGCACGCCAAGACAUUCCAACGGCAGGUGAAUGUGGGACAGAUAGGGAUAAAUAUCCCAUUGAUUGCUCCCUACGGUCCCGCCAUUCGAACAAGCAAUAAGGCAUCUUUUAUGGGAGAUCGACAUGCUCCAGGGAAGACGUACUGGCCUUUCUUUACUACCACCAAAACAGUCUCCGCUCGAUGGGAUUAG